GUUGACUGGGGCACUUGUUUUGAUCUAAGAAUGUGUUAUAGUAACAUUAAUAUAAAAAGGUUAUUAAUAUUUUUCCCCAUUUUUUUUUUAAGAUUGUUACAAGUUUAAAAGUAAUCAGCUGGAAAUGAGACAUUGCACAGUAACAUUUUAUUUAUUGUUUUGUUGCCAUUUAUGCUUUUAAUAUAUUAUAAUUUCAUGUGAAUUAAAUAUCUGUGUAUCAAAAUAUACACACAAGAGGCAAAGAAUAGUGUUCAAUACUGAUGACAAUGAUUCAUGACCAUUUGAACUAUGUUCAUACCAGCUUUGUAAUGCGCCACGUGUAUUCCCAUCUGUUGCAAGUUCCAUUUUUCUGUCACCUGAGUAACUCUGAUAGUGUAACUGUAAAUAGAGAAUUUGUGUUGUUUGGGCGAAAUCAUUUUUAAUGUCCUCGUUGACAAUAAAGACGCGUUUGCAGAUCCAGGUUUGGAGUCAUAUCAUUGUAGAACUGCAAUACCCACAAUGCACCACUAACUCCAACAUUAAGGAAGUGUGACAGUAAAAGAAACGUCACAUUUGUUGUCAUCCGUCUUUAAGACCAUAUUCAUGUCUUUUUACUAGUUUUUCGGUAGUUGCAUAUCUGAAGUCAUGCCUGGAAAGAUCCAGCCGCUCAACGAGUCUGUGGUGAUCCGCAGCCUCCGACGCUUCAGAGACAGAUAUUUUCCAAAUAGUGGCAAAAUUGUCGAAAAAGAUUUGUCGCCUGCUGUAGACACGGAAAAGGGGGAACCUACACCUGGAAUUUUUGACAGCUUGCCGGUGGAUGUACAGUUCCUGAUCAUGAACUUUCUUUCACCUGCGGACAUCUGUCGUCUGGGAGCCACCAGUCGGUAUUGGAGGGCCCUGGUUAGAGAUCCAUUACUGUGGAGAUAUUUCCUGCUCAGAGACAUGCCAUACUGGCCCUCCAUUGAUCACAUGAGCAUGCCACAGCUGGAGUUGCUGGAUGCACCACUAAUUAAUGAAGAUGAGAGCCUGGAUGAUAGAAAAGAAGGCAAAGGGAUUGAAUUGAAAUUUGACUACAUGUCAGAAUACCUGAAAGGCUGCCCAUCCUGCAGACAACAAUGGCUUCCUUCACGGCCAGCAUAUGAAGUGGUGACCUCAUUUCUUCAGUCUCUGGUGCCCUCAUCUGAGCCACGUUAUGCCAUGUUUGGUCCUGGCAUGGAGUAUCUGGAUGUCUCCUUAGUCACAAGGCUCAUGCAUGCACCUGAUGUGCUUCCUGUGUCAGGCACUCCACAGAGACAGAUUAACAGUAUCGGCUCAGGGAUCAGUUAUAUGUUCAACAACCAACACAAAUUUAAUAUCCUGACUCUAUAUUCAACCAAUCGGGCAGAGAGAGAAAGAGCCAGAGUGGAGCACCAGAGCGUCAGUAAUAAACUUUUUACCUUUGAAGGAACAGAUGACUCAGGCUGCCCAAUCUAUAGCCCUGCUCCUCAUGUCCAGCAAGUGUGCCAGGUGGUGGAUGGUUUCAUCUAUGUAGCCAAUGCAGAGUUUGGGAGAGGAGAACAGUCUCCUCAAAUACAUGGGGGUGAAUCCGAGGUGGCUCAGAUUCGAGCUGUGCUGGGUUUUGCUGGGGGUUCCACACCCAGGCCUCUGCUGGUGCUCUCAUGUGUUUCCAGAGAAGACCCAACCAAUCAUCACAGUAGAGACAGAAACAGGAACCGGUGUCGGACUUCCUGUGUUGACAUGGCAAAGAGACUCUGCCUACCCCAACUGUCUAACCCCUGGAUGGUGCAAGAUACAGUAGCAGAAUCCCUCUCAGGUCUUCUGGAUGGCAUUUCUUGGUUGCUGAGAUGUUCUGGAGUCAAACUGUAAAUCCUGCUGUUGCCAAAUUAAUUAAAACUACAGACCUCACUGCUGUGUCAUCUCGACACCCAGACACACUAUAACAUCUCCUGGCUAAUGUGUACUAUGUGCACUCUUUGCCUUGCGACUGGAACACUGCCUGUGGAAUUUAAUGAAUUGGAUGAUCAGUAGAAGAGAUGGGUUGCUAUUAUUCAUUUGAGAAACCAGACAGACUCCUGAACUUAAUUUCUUUUUUCCAUCAGUAAUGUGUUCCAGCAACCUUCCUGCAUCCAUCCAUUUUCUUCUGCUCAUCCAAGAUUGGGUCGCUGUGGCAACAGGUUCAGCAUGGUAGUCCAGACGUCCUAUAUAAUCUCUCCAGUGUGUUCUCGGUCUACCCUGGUGCCUCCUACUAGUUGGAUGUGCCCAGAAAACCUCCAAAGGGAGGCGCCCUGGAGGCAUCCUGAUAAGAUACCCAAAUGAAAAUUACAUACAGUAAUAGAUUCUGUAAUGUUAAAAUGGAAAUACAAACCCACUUUAAGACAUUCUUAGUCGUUUUAGAUUCACACUUAUUGAAUAUAAUAUGUUCAUGUUCAAUUUUGUGCAUUAAUUUUCUAAAACUGAAUGCCAGUUAACUGAGGUAGUGAAAGUAUUACUUCUUUAAUAUAUUAAAGUUGUUUGUCCACCAAAAAUGACCACCUCUUUCAUAUUCAGGGUCCCUGGUGGCAGUGUUCACAUGACUUUAUGGCAGCAAUCAUUUUUAUAAGCUUGUAAGGCAUGACAAGAUAAUGUGCUUCACUGAUGCUCUUUUGUUCUAGUCUCCUAGGUAACCACAAAUCAUUGGCAAAAAUACGGUCUCCCUCACUGGCUGUUCCAUAAAAUGGUUCCUUAGUCUCAACAGUCAUCUUUGUAGACGUACAGAUUUAGAAUAGGACCAUGAUUGAUGCAAUUUAGGUACAUUUAGCUGAAUACUAGCGAAUCAAGAUUGAUUUUUUUUUUUUUAAGGAAAUGAUGGAGGAGACAGCCUGUGUGUGUGUGUGUGUGUGUUUGCUUUGUGUAUAUCUGUGUUAUGUGUUUUUGUGAGAGAAAGAGACCAACCGACAGAAACUUAACAUUUAUCUGUUUUUUGUAAACAGGAUAUCUAUCUCUUUGGUCCUCACUCACAGUUGUUUACCCACAUCAUGUGUUUGUUUGUGUGUAUGUACGCAUGUGUAUAUACGCAUGGAUGCUCAUGCUACAUAAAGUAUAGAAAUCAUAGGAACCUGUUUUUAGGUAUGCAGGGAAUAAUAUUGUCUAAUCCAUUGCUGUUGUGAUCCUGAUCGAGCUGAUGGUACAGUAGAUAAUUACCCCGCAACAAGGACUGACAUAAAUGUGCAAGGUUGUGGUUCCAGUCUCAAUGAGUGAAGGAGUGAAUGAACUGUUGUCUGGAAAUGAAUUGCUUUUAUGUGACUGCAGACUAAAGAAAGUAAACUGCGUAUUAUGACGUUACUGUGAC